AUGUACAUUCGAAUUCGCUAUAGCCCAGUCCAUGGGUCAACACCACGAAAUGAACCCAACGACUUUGAUGCAAUAAUUGAAGAAGUCACUGAAAGUCCGAGCAAUCGAUUCGAUGCUGCCUCUAUCGCCGACCAAGACGUUCUAGCAGCUUGGCUGAAUAUUGAUUAUGAUGAGAUCGUGACAGAUAGGGUCAACCUCUUUUCAACCAACCUCGAGCCUUCUGGAUCAUUCGAUGCGACUCUUUCUGGACACAUAGCGCCAGAGACCCAGCGUGAGGAUCAAGUUACGGCUGCCACUUCCCAACUGACUCGCUUGCACGGAGGACAAAGUCUCGAAUCAGUUAAUCACCGACCAGCGGUUGGCCUUUCAUUCAAUAGUCCGAUCUACCUGUUGAAUUCUGGAAUCGACGCGACGAUCUUCGGUGAUCGUCUCGCUCGGAUCUAUGAAGCAAUCGCAACAGCCAGUGCCUCCAGGUUUUUGGACUAUGACUGCAAUCUCUAUGCGACUGGGAUUCGCUACCGGUUGGGGGACAGUGACUCGGCGAGCUCAGAUAGCUCGGCACCUGCCAGGUCAACCGUGGGUCCAACCGUCAUUGCACCCCGGUUUGCUCUUCCUGGUCACUCACAAGCAAUGUCUCAUGAAAUUUCCUUGCUGGGAAGUGUUCGGUUCCUUGAUCAUUUGGGCGACCUCUAUGGCAAUCGGUUGAACUCGGCUGCGCGAAAGAAAUCAGAUGAGACCUUCAUUGCAGUCCUUCGCGCAUUUUCGAUGCAAUGGUUGCCGAGUUCCCCUUCUUUUGAAACGAGAUCUGCUUAUGGUGACUCUCCUCCGAAUUCAAAGACUGGAGAGACAGGAGAUAAUUCUUCCCUGGACGCUUUCAUUGAUGCUUGGGCACGGGCAAGAUCACUUCUCAAUGAAGCGCAUGAUGUUCGAUCAUUCCGAGUUGUAUUGGCAACACUCAUGUUUGUCGGGAUUGUUACACCAACUAAAAUAACCGACAGGGAGGAUCCUGUACCAAACCACUUCCUUGACACAGCUUUGCAAAAGUUAUCCUACUUAGAUGGGCUGGUCAAGCAAUACUGUGCAAACCUAGGUCCAUCAUCCACAUACGGCGCUCUUGCUGAAGCAUGUUUGAACAUCAUCCGGUGGACUGCGUAUAUCCGCGACACAGGCGCAGCGUUAGCGAUGGAUCGACAAUGCAAACUUCCAGAUAUGUGGGGUACUACAAAAGUCCUCUCAAAUAAAGACGCUGUGGCAGCAUUGGCAGUCACUCAAAAUAUUCUAGAGCUGGAUAUCAAUGUUCAACCCAUUUGUCGGAAAGCCAGCGCGGAAACAUUUAUUGUCUGGAGGCAGAUUAUAAACAUCAAAACCGUUGCUAAUCAGGCGUAUGGAACUCUACAUGAGCGGUGCUCGUCAACAAUCGAAGCUAUAAACAUUAGUGUGGCUGCUGUCCGUGGCUUCAGCGAAUUAUUCCAACCUUUCAUCCUUCAGUGCAUCAGGAAUUUCCAUUGCCUGUCCACGUGUCCUAGGAUAUCUCUUGUUUCCCUCGUGAUGUUUUGGAACCUUGGCAUUUUCCUUCUCGCCGAGGUUUUCAAAAAGGUAACCCAGGGCCUUGAUUCCUCUGUCGAACAAGAAAUAGGCCCAGCGAUUCGAGAAUACCAGCGCGACGCAGCAUCGAGCGUGGCACAGGUAGUUGAAUGCGUACUUAAAUUGCCCACCGAGGAAGCCUUCAACCUCCAAAACGGACUUGGCGCGGAAGUACCACUCACCGCUUAUCAUGUUACUCCGAGUUUGGCUGUCACGGCCCUCCAACGGGCUAUCGAGAGCGUGAUAGGCCUACAGCUUCACUCUAAGUGUGAUGGCUCAUUAGAGAAUGAUGCACAGCUUUUGGUACCGGACGGGAUCUGGGACUGCCAAAUCAACAUUCUCAUGAAAGGACUCAUGUCACUUGACGUUACUAUUGGCGGAUCACAAACCUGUGGCGUGGCACUUAGGGGGUUGAUGCACAAAUAUGGGGACAUACUAUCCGAGUGCUGGACUUCAGGGUUUGACUCAUGA